AGAGCCGAAAGGAAUUAUCCGUCUGAGUGAACGUACUGAGGAAACAGCGGCCCAAAUAAGAAAGUUCCAACAUAUUUGGGAACAGUGCUGUGCAAUAGCGACACUUGUGGUUUCUCUUACUAAAUGAAAGCGUUACACACUCUAGUAAACUAUAACAAACUAGCUAUAAUCAAGUUUGAUUCAUAGUGAAAGUCCAGUUUUGCGCCGCGUUAUUGCUAAACGGAAACGCGUCAAGUACAUCGUCGUAAAUCAUAAUAGUGAAUCCUCUCGGUCGUGUGGAUAAUCUUUGGUAUUGAGGUUGAAAAACGAAAGCGAAUCGUACAAAGUGUUACUGAUCACGAAGCAAAUGGCUUUGAUAUGUCUCCAAUGAACUAGCUUUAGAGGUUUACACCAAAUCGUCUACUCUCCAAGACAGGUGGGCAGCGUCGAGGAAAUGAACGUUCAUACCUGUGACGUAGGAGAGGAUAUUAAGCAGACUGAACGUGAUGACGUAGCUGUUAAAAACCUACCGAAGGAAAGUGAAGGUGAGGAUGAAGAAGGUCAGGAUGAGGUUAUGCAUCCCAUGGAAAGCUUCAUUUCAUCACAAGUAAACCCAGAAAUGGAAAGUCUACAAGAGGAAAUUACAAAAGGAGAGGACACUAAGCAGCCUAUACACAAUGAUGAAGGAAUGGGAAACAUGCAGAGGGAGGGCAAAGGAGAUGGAGCUGGAGGCCCUCAAUUAGAUGGAGAAGGAGGGGAACUUGAGAUAAACGAGAGCCCUGAAAAUAGUGAAAUUUCAAAAAGCAAGAAUGAGGAGGGAGCACACUGUAUAUCUGGCCUCACUUUGUCACAAGUAACCCCACCGGUGAAGAGCCCACCAGAAGAAAGUAUAAGAGAAAAUCCAGAAGACCUUGUCUCAUUAAAGUCUAAAGAUGUCACCAAUGAUGAAAACUCAGAAAGGAGAUGCUCAUUAAAAAAGGAAGAACAUAAAAGGUCUGCAGAAGAACAUAGUGGUGAAGGGGACUCUCCUUGCCAUGAGAAAAAGGAACGCUCUGUAAAGACUCAAGACACUAAAAGCUCCAAAUUCAUCCUGAUCUAUGCCUUAUUUGGUGCUGUGCUUGCUGUCACAGUAUUAUGGUUUAUGAGAGGUGAGGCCCCACCUGUGCAAAAAGAGUUUAACCUGUUGGAUGUGUUCCGUCAUGAAAUGGACAAAGUUCAGUCCAGCUUCCCCAACCAGCACAAAGAACUAUGGAGAAGAAGCAAAAUCCACCUCCUGAGGCACCUCCAGAUGAGCCGUCCCAACGAGCCAGUGAGCCUCAUCUUGACCUCUGGACGUGGGGCUGAGAAGACACUUGGCUGUUUGGCUCAGCGAUUGGCUGCAGCCUUUUCCACAUCUUUGAACGCCUCUGCCCUGGACAUUGAUGGAGCCAGCAAAACGGCUGAAGACAGUGACCAGGUGAAGCUGGACAUUGAUAGAGCGCUGAGAGAGGCCUUUGAUGCUGGCAAGCAAGCUGCUGUUAUCCACCGCUUUGAGGAACUUCCUCCUGGGUCCACGUUGAUCUUCUACCGCUACUGUGACCACGAGAACGCCGCUUAUAAGAAUAUCUUCUUGGCUUUCACUGUACUGCUGGCGGAAGAGCUGGAAGUGCUACCUAAUGUUAGCCUGGGGAUGGUGGAGGAGAUGGUUCAGGAGUAUUUAAAAGAGAAGUUUGUUUCCUCUCACAGAACAACCAUGUUUAAUCAGAUGGAUGUAGACAAACUGAGUGGGCUUUGGAGUAGAAUCUCCCAUCUCAUCCUGCCAGUGGCUGCAGAGCAGAAGGUUGAACUGCAUGGCUGUGGAGGAUUAGGGUGACUUGAUUUGCACACAGUUAAGCAACCAAUUCCAUAGUUUUGGUGAAAGCGGUCAAGGAACCUACUUUUACCUUUCUCUUUCAAUACUUUGCAGUUCUUGUCUGGGUAAUACAAUCUGUGUGUGUGCGUGAGAGAGAGAAGGGGGGGGCGGCUUUUGAAUUUAUUCAUGAAGAUAUGCAAUAUCACAAACUUAUGUGCACCUCACUUGACAAAUUAAGCUUUAUGUGCGGUUAAAUCAAAAUGUAAACUGAUACUCACAUUGAACAUUUUAAUAUAGCAGCGGUAGACUUGGUCUGUGUACAGAAAAUCAGCCUACAGUCACUUAAAGUACAUGUAGAGUGACAAACUGGUAUAAGUACUUUUGAAAUAAAACAAAUUUUUAACAUAACCUUUUUAUAAUGUAAACUUAGCCUUGAUUAGGGUUUAUGAAACCAAAUUAAAGCUAGUUGAUUAUCUAAUGCUGAUUCCACUGGAUGCUUGUUUAAUAAUGUUGAUUCCACAUUUGUGAGGCAAAUUAACGAAUGCAGCUUUGUAGGUACAACAUUAUGUGCCUUAAAUGCAUGCAGAACAUUUUAUUACCAUGUCUGUUAAAUAUUUGUCUAUAAAAGAAACAUGAAGUGGGAUUGGCUUCUGUUUUAUUAGUAACAUGGGGUGGGAUCCUGGAUGCAUUACAUUGAGUAUGUGGCAAGACUUUUACAAUUAUGUAACAUGAGAUUACUGCCAGAAGCAAAAACUAACCUUGGUUACAGUAGUCUCUUGUAAUAUAAUAUGUAUGUCCCAGCUAUUAAAAAUCUCUAAUAAAUUAUUUAUUAAUAAAGUUA